UCCGAUCUUGAGUCUAAUAAAAUGCCAACACAUUUUCUCUCAUCUCUUCUCAUUUAUAAACAAGUUCGAUAGCCAAAUAUUAAAAAGAGCAUAUAGUAAAAUCUUUCUUCUUCGUAAUUUUUCUUAUUAAACAAAGUUAUUGUCAAAUUAUAGAAUGGUUGUGAAACUAUAUGGACAGGUAACAGCAGCUUGUCCACAAAGAGUCUUGCUCUGUUUUCUGGAGAAAGAAAUUGAAUUUGAGAUUAUUCAUAUCGAUCUUGAUACAUUAGAGCAGAAAAAACCAGAACAUCUUCUUCGUCAGCCAUUUGGUCAAGUUCCAGCCAUAGAAGACGGAGAUUUCAAGCUUUUUGAAUCACGAGCCAUUGCGAGAUACUACGCGACCAAGUACGCGGACCAAGGCACGAACCUUUUGGGCAAGUCUCUAGAGCACCGAGCCAUCGUGGACCAGUGGGCUGACGUGGAGACCCAUUACUUCAACGCUCUGGCCCAUCCCAUCGUGAUUAACCUAAUCAUCAAGCCUAGGUUAGGCGAGAAAUGUGAUGUCGUUUUGGUCGAGGAGCUCAAAGUGAAGCUAGGAGUGGUCUUGGACAUAUACAAUAAUCGGCUUUCUUCGAACCGGUUUUUGGCUGGUGAAGAAUUCACUAUGGCUGAUUUGACGCACAUGCCGGCGAUGGGGUACUUGAUGAGUAUAACCGAUAUAAACCAGAUGGUUAAGGCUCGUGGUAGUUUUAACCGGUGGUGGGAAGAGAUUUCGGAUAGACCGUCUUGGAAGAAGCUUAUGGUGCUGGCUGGUCAUUGAAUUAGCUCGAAUUUAUGAUGAUCUGAACCAAAUAAGCUUUAUAUAUUUUCUGUUUUCUGUUUGUGUUGUUUUGUACGUUUCAGUAAUAAAUUCAAUUUACUUUUUAAAGAUUUUAUGUCAA